GGAUCCUCAGAUAGCAUGUAUAGCUGACCUCUGCUAAUAACUUCUACAUGUUUCAAAACUAGAAAACCCCAAUUCAGUUCUGAGCAAUCUCUGCAUAUGUAUGUGGAAACAAUGAUAAAUAGCAGUCCUGGCUUUUGCUUUACUUCUUUUGUGCUUUUAAAAACACCACCCUGGUUGGCUCUUUGCAAGAUAAUGACUCACUGAAAUGUUUGCAUCAUCAGAAACUAACCCCACAUCUGCGUGCUCUUCAUUUUCCAGAUUAUGACCCUGUAAAGUCUGUUUUACAGGAAGUCUCUCUGACUUCCUCAUGCACAUUUACAUGCAAAAUAGUAUCUCCUGCGAGCAUGGGUGCAGGUGACCAUGAUCACCACAUGGUUUGACUGGGGUGACUGAUUGAUCCCUGACUUUUGCCAGCAGACAGGAGAGGUCCUGCUGGACUAGAGACUUCAUAUGGCUCACAGGGGUGUUGUUACAGAAAAAUACCCUGUGGCAGAUGUCAGUGUGAUAGGAUUCAAGUAGGCACUGCUUUUGUUCUUGUGCAGGAGGAAACUUCAUCAGAAACACGGAUGAAAUUCCAGCCUUAUCUUAGGGAAUGCGUCUGGGAUUCAGGCAUGCAGGAGGAGAAGAGAGCAAGCGCCUUUUCAGCCUUUUCCCUCCUAUCAUCCUGUGCAAAGGAUAGUCUGCUGUACCUCAAUUUUAAAGUUUUUAAAACUCUGCUGGGAUUUUAAACGAGUGUUGUCGUGCUUCUGAUGUGUUGCUUCCUUUGUUUGCCUAUUGCCAUAUAGCCUGGCCAGCUCUAUAGGAGACUUGCCUGCAGAGUGCCUUUUAAUGUUUAGAUCUAGUGGUGAUUAGAAUACACUAAUGCCCAGUGGGUAUAUGUGUCAUUUUUUAACAGCUGCCGAGCUUUCUCCCUGCUGCUCCAAUUAACACAUUCAGCACACACUUGCCGGUGAGUGGGCUGUGUGUAUGGAUUAAACCACUUUGCUAUUUAUUCAUCCAGCAUAUGUGAUGCCAGGAUUGGAUCAGCAUGUUUCCUCUUAUCACAACAAAUGAAAUCAAAUGGGCUCCUGAGCCUGUGCCUGGGUAAAUACGAGGGCAACAUUUAACUGGCAAAUGAAAACCUGUUUUGCCUUGAGAUAUGGUUCAGUCCAUUGACUAACAUCUAUCCCCGCCUCCCAGCCCCUCUUCAAAUGAUGGAGACACAGGAUAGGGAGCUCUCAGUGCUGGGCUUCCCCUUGCUGGCAGGCAGGUCUCUUCAACUUUGUCCUCUGCUGUUUAAUAACCACUUGAAAUCCUGACUUUUUCUCCUUUUGCUUCAGUAUUUUCCUCCUUUGUCUAUUUUCAUGAUGAAAUAGUCUUGUUAGUGUAUUUGAUAAAGUCUACCACCCCCUUUCUCUCUCUCUCUCUCUCUCUUUUUUUUUUUUUUUUUUUUUUAAAAAGGGAAAACAAUAUGCUUGCUAGUCACAGCUGAGGUAAGGGAAGGGGUUUUUUGAUGGUGCCUGAGCGGCUGGUCAGAGGCUGCAGCUUUCCUCUGGUGCUUGCGGUUGAUUCAUGCUGGGACAGCUCUUUGUGAAACAGAGGGCAAAGGGGGCUGCUGGCCAGUGCUGCUGAGGAAGGAGAUGGAGCGCUUCUUGGGCUUUGUCAAGCAGAUAAGAAGGUCGAGAAGAAGAAAAGGCAAAAAGUACCGUCCAGAGGAGGAUUACCAUGAGGGCUAUGAGGAUGUCUACUAUUAUGCCUCAGAGCAUUUUCGAAAUGAGAGUCCUUACACAAAGUCUGCAAACCAGGCAAAGGCACCUGAUGGAGCACUGUCUGUGAGGAGACAGAGUAUUCCAGAGGAAUUCAAGGGCUCAACAAUAGUUGAAUUAAUGAAAAAAGAAGGCACCACCCUAGGGCUUACAGUAUCGGGUGGAAUCGACAAGGAUGGGAAACCAAGAGUAUCUAACCUUCGUCAAGGAGGAAUCGCUGCUAGGAGUGACCAGCUGGAUGUAGGGGACUACAUCAAAUCUGUGAAUGGAAUCAACCUGACCAAAUUUCGCCACGAUGAGAUCAUCAGCCUGCUCAAGAAUGUUGGCGAGAGGGUUGUUUUAGAAGUGGAAUAUGAGCUGCCUCCAGUCACUGUACAAGGAUCAGGUCUCAUCUUUAGAAGUGUGGAAGUUACUUUACAUAAAGAGGGGAACACUUUUGGAUUUGUAAUAAGAGGUGGAGCACAUGAUGACAGAAAUAAAUCUCGUCCUGUUGUAAUAACAUGUGUUAGACCUGGAGGGCCUGCUGACAGAGAGGGCACAAUCAAACCCGGAGACAGGCUGCUGAGUGUUGAUGGGAUCCGACUGUUGGGAACGACACAUGCUGAAGCCAUGAGUAUUCUCAAACAGUGUGGACAGGAGGCAACUCUGCUGGUUGAAUACGAUGUCUCAGUGAUGGAUUCAGUAGCAACAGCAUCUGGACCACUGCUAGUUGAAGUUGCCAAAACUCCCGGUGCUGCUCUUGGGGUUGCACUAACUACCUCGAUGUGCUGCAACAAACAGGUCAUUGUCAUAGACAAAAUCAAAUCUGCGAGUAUUGCAGACAGAUGUGGUGCAUUACAUGUAGGAGACCAUAUUCUGUCCAUUGAUGGCACCAGCAUGGAGUACUGUACGCUGGCAGAAGCAACGCAGUUUUUGGCUAAUGCAGCGGAUAAUGUCAAACUUGAGAUCCUUCCUCACCACCAGACACGGCUGGCGCUGAAAGGCCCGGAGCACGUGAAGGUUCAAAGAAGCAACAGGCAACUUACCUGGGAUUCGUGUGCCAACAGCCACAGCAGCCUCCUCACCUACCACCAUUUUAACACCUACCACCCUGACAAUUGCAGGAUGACAGCCUUGAAAUUCCAGAAAGCGCCUCCUCAAAAAAGCCUUCCAGCUUUGGUGUCUUCGUCCUUCUCUCCUACCUCCAUGAGUGCAUACAGCCUGAGUUCCCUGAACAUGGGGACCUUACCUCGCAGCCUCUACUCCACCAGCCCACGUGGGACAAUGAUGAGGCGGAGGAUGAAAAAGAAGGACUUCAAAAGCUCCUUGUCUUUAGCCUCUAGCACUGUUGGUUUGGCUGGGCAGGUCGUCCACACAGAAACCACAGAAGUAGUGCUGACAGCUGACCCCAUGGUAGGGUUUGGGAUACAGCUCCAGGGUAGCGUGUUUGCUACUGAGACCUUGUCCUCUCCACCUCUCAUUUCCUAUAUUGAGUCUGACAGUCCGGCGGAAAGGUGUGGGGUGCUGCAAAUAGGAGACAGAAUAGUGGCAAUAAACGGUAUCCCGACAGAAGACAGCACAUUUGAUGAGGCCAAUCAACUGCUCAGAGACUCCUCUAUCACCAACAAGGUCACUUUGGAAAUAGAAUUUGAUGUUGCAGAAUCAGUUAUACCAAGCAGUGGAACAUUUCACGUGAAACUACCAAAGAAGCAUAAUGUGGAACUUGGCAUCACCAUAAGUUCUCCAUCCAGUAGAAAACCAGGGGACCCUCUGGUUAUUUCUGAUAUCAAGAAAGGAAGCGUUGCUCACAGAACUGGUACACUUGAAUUGGGUGAUAAGUUACUUGCGAUAGACAACAUUCGACUUGACAAUUGCUCCAUGGAAGAUGCUGUCCAGAUCCUUCAGCACUGUGAGGACCUUGUGAAGUUAAAGAUCCGCAAAGACGAAGAUAAUUCUGAUGAACAGGAGAGCUCUGGAGCAAUUAUUUAUACUGUCGAGCUCAAGCGCUAUGGUGGGCCUCUUGGAAUUACAAUCUCUGGUACCGAAGAGCCCUUUGAUCCCAUAAUCAUUUCCAGCCUUACAAAAGGAGGAUUAGCUGAAAGACUGGGGGCAAUUCACAUAGGAGACAGAAUCCUAGCAAUAAAUAGUAGCAGUCUGAAGGGAAAACCUUUGAGUGAAGCCAUUCAUUUAUUACAGAUGGCAGGAGAAACUGUCACCUUGAAAAUCAAGAAGCAGACAGAUGCUACCAGUCCCAAGAAAUUUUCUGUCCCUGUGGGUCACAUAAGUGAAUUGAGUGAUGCUGAAGAUGAAACCUCUGCUGCACAGAAAUCUGGCAAACUCUCAGACAUCUAUUCCACUACAGUCCCAAGUGUUGACAGCGCAGUAGAGUCGUGGGAUGGCUCUGGUGUUGAUACCAGCUUUGGAAAUCAAGGACACAGCUAUCAGGCUUCAGGAUACAACUUCAAUGCCUAUGAGUGGAGGACUCCGAAGCAGACUAGUUUGUCCCCUCCAAGCAAACCACGACACCCCCCGUAUGAUACAGGGCUGAGUGAUGAUGAAUGGGACCGACCUACAGCAAGCAGCUUCGCAGGUACCCAUGAUAACACCGAGGCUGACCAGGAGGAAAAUUUCUGGUCUCAGGCUCUGGAGGAUUUAGAGACCUGUGGCCAGUCAGGAAUUCUGAGGGAACUAGAGGCCACAAUUAUGUCAGGAAGUACAAUGAGUUUGAAUCAUGAAAACCCACAACCUCGUAACCAGCUUGGAAGACAAGCCAGCUUCCAGGAAAGAAGUACUGUAAGGCCACAUUACAGUCAAACUACUCGUAGCAACACACUGCCAUCAGAUGUGGGGAGAAGGUCCAUGGUUCUGAGAAAAAUUAAGCAAGAAAUGAAAGAAAUCAUGUCACCAACUCCUGUGGAGUUACACAAGGUAACUUUGUACAAGGACUCUGACGGAGAAGACUUUGGAUUCAGUGUCUCAGAUGGUUUACUGGAAAAAGGAGUGUAUGUUAAAAACAUUCGACCAGCUGGCCCUGGUGAUCUGGGAGGUUUAAAACCAUACGACAGGCUUUUACAGGUAAACCAUGUUCGCACCAGAGACUUUGACUGCUGUCUGGUUGUGCCCCUCAUUGCAGAAUCUGGCAAUAAGCUUGAGCUGGUUAUUAGCAGAAACCCGCUGGCACCUCCGAAAGGAAGCUCAGAACAACAGACUUCAGCAAGCGGGGAGUGGUGUGAUCAGACUAAUGCCUUCCUUCAGCAGAGUGGACACACUAAUGUUCAUACAGAGACACGGGAUCCUACAAAUACGUUAUAGCAGAAAAUUGUUUUAGUGGGACAUUCAGUAACAAAAGACAAUUAUGGUGCUAAAUCCCUUUAAGAUUUCUCUGAGAUUAAGGCUCAGAUGCUGUACAGCACUAAAAAGCACAGCUCAGUCUUUCUGUCUCAAGGCUUGUAUUAGUUCAUGGUUACUUUUGAAAAAGUUUGAUUCUUCAUUAAGUCAAGUCAUUCCAUUCUAAACAACCUAGCAUUAGCAACAGUACAAAAAUCUUAAGGGCCUUUUCUUCCCUCCAAAUAAGAAACUGGGGAGAGGUUUUAAACAUCAUUUAAGUGUUCCUCUCUUCUUCAGCAGCUGCUGUUUGAGGGAAAAGCAGGGAGUUGACCUCUGCUAACAAACAGUGGUGUCCACGUUAUGUGGUUUUUAAAACACAUUUUAUUAAUCAAUCAGAAAGGUGCUGUCUGAGGGACAAGGAAGUGUGAUGCUGCACUGGGUUUUCUUGUUAAACAUCUAGAGCUGUAACUUUCGGAACCUUUAUUCUGCUGGCAAGGAGGGUGCACUCUUCAAACAAGGCAUGGUUGAGAUGUUUUUGCAGGAGGCUGCAGUAUGAGGUGAAUGUUACUGCCCCACUUUGGUAAAUUUUGUUAGAAGGUAUGUUCUUCCCUAUGCAAUGAAAUAUUUUAACAGUGUAUCUUGCAACCUGUGGGGAUUUUUAAGCAGAGACUUUUUUAGUGGGAUGAAACCUCUGUGAAGGAGGAUUACUGACAAGAGUGAAACUGAAACGAGUUCAGACAAAUUAGAAAGGUUUUAAAAGAAAAUGGCUUUUUUUUUUAAAUUAUGUCAGUGGGAGACUGAUACAAAAGCUCUUUAAUGAUCCAUAAACAUGUAAACUUGUACUGACACACCUGAGCUUUUUAAGUAAGUCAAGUCAAUUUCUUGAACGGACAAAAGUUGCAUUUACUAUGGUUUGUUUUCAGCCUUCUUUAUGAUAAACAUUACCCCCGCAACAUGUUUUUAGGAUUUAAAAUUGUAAAUAUAUUUUACAAACACAUCACACAAACUCUCUCCUCUCCCCCCAAGCAAUAAAAUACUGCCAGUUGCGUUAUAUGUUCACCAGCAGCUGCUUUGGUUUAUUCCAGUAUUCAAGGUGUUAUUGGUAAUUAUUGUUCUUGGUGAAUAUAAAGAUCCUGGAUUUGUACAUUUGUAGAGUCUCCAUAUCUAAACAGUCACCUUACAGAGUUGUUUCUGGUCAAUUUAAACUGUUUAACUGUAUCCCUGUUGCUGUUUCCAAUACAUGAACAAGCUCACCUGCCCCGCACACACACCUGUCUCUGAUUUCUAUUUCAGCACUGCCAGAAAAGGUCAGAAUGACAUUCAAUGCUGAAUCAUGUAAAAAAAGAAGAAAAAAAGUUCAUGAGUCACUUAAAUAUGUAUUUUUAUUUGUAACAAAUAAGUAUUAAACUGUAAAGUAUUUUUGUACAAAUUUAAUACUUUAAUAGCAUGAUAUUUAUCGUCUAUGUUAUGUUUUUUGAAAUUCAAACUGUUGCAAAUAUUUGUAUGGAAAAACUGUAUAAAUUGAAAUAAACAGUGAUUUAAAGACAUUAAAAA